AUGAAUUCUGCCGGCUUUAGCGGGGGUUCUGAUAGACUUAUACAUGAGGCAGAUCAACUGAUUUCGUACAUUGAAAGAGGGUCCUCUGUACAAAAAUUUUUUCCUCGCAAGCGCCCUGAGCGUCGCACUCUAUUGGUGCGUCGCGAAACCCACCAGGUGCUGUGGUUCAGACAUGGCGCUCCACAACGGAACGCGUAUGAAGGUGCCAUCGAUAUACGAAAUAUUAAAGAAGUGAGGGCCGGUAAGUCGUCCAAGGACUUCGAGAAGUGGCCUGAAGAGUCGAAGAGGUUGGAGAGCUCAAAAUGUUUUGUUGUGUUCUAUGGAACAGAGUUCAAAUUGCGGUCGGCGUCAUUUGCAGCCCAAACGGAUAAGGAAUGUGAAGCUUGGAAACAGGGCUUAAAGUUUCUUAUUGAGGAAGCCGUGAACGCUCCAUAUCCAUUGCAGAUCGAAAGAUGGCUUCGAAAGGAGUUUUACGCCAUCGGAAAUAAUAAUGAAAAGAUAACACUAAAGGAAGUUAAGAGCUUCCUGCCUAAGAUUAAUUGCAAGAUAUCCACAAGCAAGCUGAGAGAUCUCUUCCAAGAAGUGGACACCAAUAGAAGGGGAGAGAUCGGCUUUGACGAUUUCUCCACACUUUAUCACAAGCUGAUCUUUGACCAAAAUAAUGUUCAUGAGAUCUUCGAUGCAUACAGUGUGUAUUGUCCUAAUGGUACUUCUGUGUCUCUGCGUGAUUUUCAAAAGUUUCUACUACUUGAGCAAAAUGAUAGGCUCGGGGAAGAUGAAGCCCGAGCAUCACAAUUUAUCAGAGAUUUUCUCCAAGAUCCUCAGAGGGAUGUUUCAGAGCCCUACUUCCGGCUAAAUGAAUUUAUUGAAAUGUUAUUUUCUAAACAAAACUCAAUAUGGGACAGCAAAAAUGACCACGUGACCCAGGAUAUGACAAGACCACUAUCUCAUUACUGGAUUUCGUCUUCCCACAACACGUAUCUUACUGGGGAUCAGUUCUCGAGUGAGUCGUCCUUGGAAGCAUAUGUUCGGUGCCUUCGUCAGGGUUGUCGUUGUAUUGAAUUGGACUGCUGGGAUGGCCCCGAUGGAAUGCCAUUUAUUUACCAUGGUCACACACUGACAACAAAAAUAAAGUUCAUGGACGUCCUUCGGACGAUCAAGGAACACGCAUUUGUGUCGUCCGACUACCCUCUGAUACUGUCAAUAGAGGACAAUUGCUCACUCCCACAACAGCGGCGCAUGGCGACUGCCUUUCAGGAUGUCUUCGGGGAUAUGUUAAUAGUGCAGCCGAUGCAAAAAAAUGAAAUGACGCUACCGUCGCCUCACGAAUUGCGCAGAAAAAUUAUUCUAAAACAUAAAAAGCUUCCUGAGGGUGCCGAGGAGAAUUCGUUUGCCGUACGUCAAGAGGAGGGACGUGACUUGGAUCUUCGGACCAGUGCGAAAAACGGUAUUCUACUGCUAGAGGACCCUGUUGAUAGGGAUUGGUAUCCACACGCCUUUGUUCUGUUGGACAACAAGCUGUACUACACGGAACAUUACAGCGCUCAAGCGGCGGAUACUGAAAGCGAUAAUGAGGAAGUAGAUAACGUGAGUGAAGUGCCGCAAGAUGAACUUCACUUUGGGGAGUCUUGGUUUCAUGGUCGCCUGGCUGGGAACCGACAGGAGGCUGAGGAGUUACUACGGGCCCACGCUCAUCUCGGCGAUGGGACCUUCCUCGUACGAGAGAGUGUCACCUUCGUGGGCGACUACUGCCUCUCCUUCUGGAGGCAAGACAAGGUUAAUCACUGUCGGAUAAAGUUAAAGCAAGACCGCGGCAUCACUAAGUAUUACCUUAUCGACUCGGUCUGCUUUGAUAGUUUGUAUAGUCUCAUUACGCAUUACCGUCAGCAUCCAUUGAGAAGUCAGGAAUUUCUGAUAACACUGAAGAAGCCAGUGCCACAACCAAACAAGCAUGAGGGCAAGGUGUGGUGGCAACCGAACUGUUCCCGCUCUCAAGCUGAGGAGCUCCUAAGGAAGACUUCCACGGAUGGUGCGUUUCUGGUGCGCCCAAGCGAAAAAGAACCGGGCUCGUACGCAAUAACGUUCAGGACUGGGAAAGAGAUAAAGCACUGCCGCAUCAAGCAGGAAGGCAGGUUGUACACAAUCGGCACUGUCAAGUUUGAGAGCCUGGUCGACCUGGUCUCCUACUAUGAAAAACAUGCUUUAUACAAGAAAAUGAAACUCCGGUAUCCGAUCAGCGAUGACAUCAUCAGGAGGAUCAUGAUGGAACCGGAUGAUAGUUCAGUGUACGGCUCGCCCGGCUACAUGGACCCCACAUCUUUUGCAUCCAAGGUGACAGUGAAGGCUCUGUAUGACUACAGAGCUCGCCAGGAUGACGAGCUCUCGUUUUGCAAGCAUGCCAUUAUCACUAACGUGGAUAAGCCUGACGAUGGCUGGUGGCGUGGGGAUUACGGCGGCAAGCGCAGACAUUGGUUCCCAGCAAACUAUGUGCAGGAGAUCGAGACCAGUCUGGAUAACGGCUGUAUCGACAACGAAUCAGCGGCGCUCGGUUCCUUACAAAAGGGCGUCGUAGACGUCCUCGGCGCGGUGGUGGAACUAGUGGUCGGGGAGGAAAGUGGUUCGUCUCGUUGGAUCGUUCGCAUCCAGAGUCCCGCUAUGUGUGCCCCGUUCGACAUGGCUGCCCCCACGCGGGAUAUGGCCCUAGAGUGGAUGUCGGUGAUUAAAGAGGCUGCCCAAAUUGCGACUGCCCGAUCUCAAUUAAACAAAAAAAUGGAAAGAACGUGGCGCAUCGCGAAGGAAAUGUCCGAUCUAAUCAUCUACUGCCGUUCUGUCACAUUCAAUAUGGAAAAAUUCAAGAACGGCUUCGUCUUUUACGAAAUGUCGUCCUUCCCCGAGAGCAAGGCCGAGCGCCUCAUGUGCCAGCAGGACACGGCAUUUUUCAUAAAAUAUCACCAGACCCAACUUAGCCGAGUAUACCCCAAAGGACAGAGGAUCGAUUCGUCCAAUUACAAUCCCGUACAGUUCUGGAACGUGGGUUCGCAAAUGGUCGCUCUAAAUUAUCAGACCGGAGACAAGGCGAUGCAGAUCAAUUUAGGGAGAUUUCGCGGUAACGGGAGAUGUGGAUACAUAUUGAAGCCGGAUUUUAUGUUCGACGAGAGCUACGAUCCCAACGAGGACUUUGAGAGCAUCGCUAAGAGGGUGGUCCCCGUCAAAGUGAUGCUGCGGAUUGUCGGAGCGCGGCAUCUCUCCAAGUCCGGUAGGGGAACGGCGAGCCCCUUUGUCGAAAUAGAAGUGAUCGGCGCCAAUAUCGACAGCGGGGUCAAACUGUCGACGAGGGUUGUCAAUGACAACGGAAUUAACCCGAUAUGGAACGAAUUGUGCGAAUUCAACGUGUACUACCCGGAGCUGGCCAUGAUCAGGUUCUCAGUACAGGAUGAAGAUAUGUUCGGCGACCCCAACUUCAUGGGACAAACCACUUUCCCUAUGAACGGCAUCAGGACCGGAUAUAGAAGCGUCAUCCUGGAAAACGCCUACUCCGAAGAACUGGAAUUGUCAUCGCUUCUAGUUUACGUAUCUUUUAACAACGGCCAAAUGUAAAACCAUCUGUCUGGAUCUAAUCUCGAACACGAGCUCUCUAACGAUGGUAGGUAAAUGUCACGUAAUUUUAACAUGUCUCGAUGUUAUAUCUAUCUCGAUGUUUGUGUAGAAUACAGUAGGUAAUCAAAUGUUAAUUGAAAUCUAUAUACGAAUGUAGCUACGUUAUC